AUGGUCUUUCUCCCAGUCAAGCCUUGUCUGCUUGAUAUCCAUACUGUCGCUCAAGACUACCUUCGGGCGUUAUGUAGAAGCCGCGCCCUAAUACUUGUGAAAGGAUUAAACGUGCUUGAGCAGCAAAUGUGUUUGAUCUGCGCGACGGGGAUAUGGCCGCAGCUACUCCAUAUCAUCGGUCUCACCGCGUGUGUAGGAUCGAAUUCGAAUAGUUGCUCCUGCCAUCAUUGUCUUCACCUUCACCGCGCACGUGCGCUUGCGCUCGCCUCCGUCUCACUUGCACUUUCCACUUUCGCUGACGACACAAACAACACCUACGAACCGCCACUUGCGUUCAUAAACUUUUUUUCAGCAACCACUUAUAGAGUAAGAAUCGUGCCCUUCAAGCGUAUUUCAGUCACUGAUGUGCUGCAGAUGAGUGUCGAUCUCGAUGUCCUUUUCGCCUGCGAGCUAGACACUGCCGCAGAACUAGAGCCAUCCCUCACUCCCAAAUUCUGUCCAGUAGCAAGCGUCUCGACAGCCGAUACAACACUGUACGAUGAUGAGACUGGUGGAGCGAGCCUCAUAAAUGAUGAGCUCAUCGGUGGCCCGGUGGCCGAUACAGGCCUACCGUUCGGUAUGCAUGUCGACACGUAUGCCGAAGAUACCAUCAAAUCCCUCCUACGAGAGCGUGACAGUUGGAAAGCUGGAGCAGAAAAACAUUCCAAAGCUUACGAAGACCUUGAGCGACGCGUCUACCGAAACGCCAUAGUCGGUGCCGAUCUUCCGACAGACAUCAUAGGUCGCCUCAAUCUGCUGGAGAGCGCGACGGAUCAUUAUCGAGUCAAGAACAGAACCCUGCGCGAGAGCCUUAGUGUCGCGGAAAACAAGAUAGUCGCGCUUCAGAACGAGAUUGCCGGGCAGAAGAACAGGUUGAAGGGUGCAGGAAAGAAGGUUCGCAACGCAAAGGAUGCUGCAGGUAAACAAGAGGAGAAAGCGAAGGCCGCCACCCACCAUCAACAGCUGCGCACCACUUCUGAGCGAAGGAUGAAGCAGGAGCGCAACGAAGCUGUUGCCGAAGCGCAGUCACUCAAGAAGUUAUGCAAAGACCUGCAAGCAGACCUUGAGGUGGAGCGAUCCGGUCGCCCACACUUGCGGAAAGGAAAUACUACUUCAGACACAACUACUGCUGUCAUUCCUAUUGAGCUUUCGAUCUAUCGCGGAGACUUCCUGAAGCUGUCAAAUGAUCUCGACGCCAAUCAAUUCACCAUCACUGAGCAGAUGCAGCGCUGGUACGAGGACUGCGUGAAUCCGCAGGUCGUUGGCGCCAAUUAUGCGAGUAACCAGGAAGAAGGAGUGGUGGCUGUGAAACUGAACAAGCUGUAUGCGGACCUGGUCGAACUAGUCGAUGGACACCAGGAGGCAGGGGCGGAACACGAUGGUCCCCGGUCAAAACAUACACUCGAGCCGAUCUGUCGUAAGGCUGAGGAGCGACACAACUCCGAGAACUGA